CUUGACGGCUAUUCGCUUGUCUUGCAUAAUUAGGUCCUGAUUGCGCAACAACCCAAACACCUCUUUGCGUCCAGCGCAAGCAGCCUCCGCACAAGACUUCAUCUCUUCAUAGAGUAGUAUUCGUUCACGUCAACCACCCAAUUCGUUCCAACGACAAUAAAAUAUCAACCAUGGCGACCUCUCGUAAGCGUCCGCGUCCCGAGGCCACAGAAGAAAGUCAGGCCGAAUGCCCCUUCACCGUUAUCCACCCCGAUCCGAAUGAGAAAGAAAAGAAGGCCAAGCGUCGACGGCAGGAAUCUGAGGACCGUCCGCUACCAAAGGUUCUGCUUCAAACGUCCCCCUUCUCGCCUAUGGGCAAGUUCAAGGAUCCCGAUAAUACGAUGGACCGUCACUAUCUAGUCCAACCAACCCAGAGGUGGAUGGAUAUGACGCGAUACAAUAGCUUUGUUCUCAACGGUGUGAAGUAUUGGAGUGAAGGCUUCAUAUUUGUUGCCAACAGCUCGACCAUUGAACGACAGAAGAACCCAGGCGAACCCGUACAACCUAAGAAGAAGUCGGACGACGACUGGGUUGCGAGAAUUCUAGAGAUUCGUGCGAGUGACGAACACCACGUUUACGCACGUGUCUAUUGGAUGUAUUGGCCGGAUGAGUUACCACAAGGCACACAGGAUGGAAGAAAACACAUCCAAGGAAGACAAUGGUAUCACGGCGCAAACGAGUUGAUUGCGUCUAAUCAUAUGGACGUGAUCAAUGUUGUCAGCGUCACUGCCGCUGCCGCUGUCAACCAAUGGGACGAAACAAAUGAGGACGAAGUGCAACCUGCUCUCUACUGGCGCCAAGCUUUCGAUGUGCGAAGCAUGGAACUUUCUUCUGCUGAACUACGCUGCAAAUGCAAUCGCCCUGAGAAUCCAGACAAGCCGUUAUUUGGCUGCUCAAACGAUGAUUGUAAGAAGUGGCUUCAUGACGAGUGCCUAAUCCACGAUGCGCUCGUGAAGACCUACAAGCGUCUAGGAUCUGACAAACCCCACAAGCCCGCGCCAGUAAAAGAAGAAGAAGGCAGUGAGGGUGCCAAGCGGCCGCUUAGUCCCAGUGAGACAGGUGCAGCGCAAACGGCUGAGCAGUCAAUUGAUGUCAAACCGGAAGAGCAGCAAGAGACCAUCAAGCUUAAUGACGUCGAGAAAGCUCUACCAGCUACCAAGGCCGAGAACACGGCUGUCGCCGUCACUCAUUCCGAGCCAAAGCGAAGAGGACGGCCACGGAAAUCGGAGCUCAACGACCAGACGACGGCCAAGCUUUACGCGGGGCUGUUCAAAGCCGUCAUUCUAAGUGACACGAGUCCUCCGGUCCUAGAGGUGACAGAUCUCCGAAAGAAUGUGACAGGCGGAGAUAAGUCAUGGACGGAACCCCUCCACUGCCUAAUUUGUGAUGACGAGCUUCAGUAAUUAUGCUACACGGACAAAGCUAUAGCCAGGUAUCUAGUGGACAACGCAGACGAACUUGUGUUUUGCAAGUAUAUACCUAUUGACGCCGCUUAUGCCUU